GGAGUUUUCGCACCUACGCUCUGUUCCAGAAAAGCCAUCUGUUACGUCGAUUCUCUACUUCUCGCACAAUGUCUCGCAAUUACGGAGAUGCAAUCGCAGCGCUCAAUUCGCUGCAGACCAAUUUUGCGGUGAUCCAGAGGUCUAAUAAAACGCAUAGCAGGAAGGAUAUGAACAAAACAUCUAUUUCGGAGAUGGUUGAAUGGAUUAGACGUAUCGGGUACCAGCGCUCCGAUCUGAACCGCCUGAAUGCAGUCCACGUCGCCGGAACCAAGGGCAAGGGCUCUACUUCGUCGUUUAUCGCAUCGAUCCUCUCGCAGUAUGCCUCCGGUCCGUCGCCGAAAGUCAACCGAGUCGGCCUGUACACCUCCCCCCAUUUGCGAUUCGCCCGGGAGCGCAUAGGGAUAGACAAUGCGCCUUUGUCGGAGGAGAAAUUUGCCAAGUACUUCUUCGAGGUGUGGGAUCGGCUUGAGCAGGCUGCUACCGCAGCCGGGGAGGAUCCGAAGGGGCCGCUUGCAAAGCCACAAUACUUCCGAUACCUGACGCUUAUGGCCUUCCAUACAUACUUGAGUGAAGGGGUGAACGCUGCGGUCAUUGAAUGCGGAAUUGGUGGAGAGUAUGACUGUACGAAUGUGCUUGAGCGGCCGGCAGCCAGCGCAAUUGCCAGUCUGGGAAUUGACCACACGGCAUUGUUGGGCGACACGUUAGAGCAAAUUGCGUGGCAGAAGGGUGGCGUAAUCAAGCCCGGUGUCAAGGCUUUCAGUGUUUCGCAGGCCGCUAGUGCUGAGAAGGUCCUGCAAAAACGUGCGGAGGAAAAGGCGACACAGAUUUCCAUUGUAUCGCGUCACCCCGAUCUCGAAAGCACCGAUAUCAAGCUUGGUUUGGCUGGUGACUUUCAAUAUACGAAUGCGAUGUUGGCCGUUGCGACUGCUGCUGAAUACUUGAGGAAGGUCGGGGUAGAAGGGAUUCCGGAGGACAUAAUGAGCCAGCCUUUGCCUACAGAAUUUCGCCGGGGACUGGAAUUAGCUCGUCUGGGGGGCAGAUGCGAAACGAGACAUGAAAAGAACGUCACCUGGUACAUUGACGGAGGCCAUACCCUGGAGAGCAUCAAGGUUGCUGGCGAGUGGUUCGUCUCUCAAGUCAAAGAAAACUCAGUAGCAACUGAGACUGCAGACCGCAAGCUGCGGCUUCUAAUCUUCAACCAACAGAGUCGCGACAGCAAUGCGCUGGCAAGAGCACUUCAUAGCACGCUGUCCGCAGCUCUAGAGGCAGACAUGCCGUUCACUCACGCGAUAUUUUGCACCAAUGUCACAUACAAGGAAGCCGGCUACCGGCCUGACCUCGUGAGCAUGAACACGAGUGCUACUGAUAUAGAAAGACUCCGAGUUCAAAACAAUCUUGCCGAGACGUGGAAGGAGAUUGACCCACGAACUGAGGUUAAAGUGUACAGCACCAUUGAAGAAGCCGUCGAUUACGCCCGGGAGCUUGCCGCGAAAGAGCAGGGUAUCGUCGCGGAUGAAGCGCCGUUGACGACCUUUGUCACCGGCAGCUUGCAUCUGGUGGGUGGCUUCCUCGAUGUGAUUGAAACCAAGCCGGGUCCGCAGUGAGCUUGGCUUGGAUCCUUUUCGUGCUGCUCCAUGACCUUUUCUGUACCAUUUGUGCUUUUUAACGUUGUAUCUACGGCAUUCACUUUGGAAUUUCAACAGCGUCUCGGUGCCUGCUGGAGUUCUUGGAGCGGUGGUUAUCUGGUUUUCAACAGCCAUUGCUGAGUUAUGUAUCCUUAUAUCCUUAAGAGGUCAAAGAGCGUUUAGCUGUUCCUUUCGAGCUUCUUUGCCGAGGUAGAUCAUAAUCGGCGUACCGAGAGGCAUUGCAUAUAACAUAACCCCUGACAGCAUAUAAGUGAAUAAAGCAAGCAAGUGUAGGAAUAAAAGUAAAAUGACA